AGGGACCGGGGCACCGGGGGUGGAACGGAAGGAGGGGCGGCGGCGGCGGCGGGGCCGGGCCGGGCCGGGCCGGGCCGGGAGGUGGAACGCACGGCCCCGCUGAACCCGCCGCGGGGCCUGCGAGAGCAGCAUGGCCGCCAGCCUGUGGAUGGGGGACCUGGAGCCCUAUAUGGAUGAAAACUUUGUUUCAAGAGCCUUUGCCACCAUGGGAGAGCUUGUACUGAGUGUAAAAAUCAUUCGAAACAGGUUGACUGGAAUUCCAGCAGGCUAUUGCUUUGUAGAAUUUGCAGAUCUAGCUACUGCAGAGAAAUGUUUACACAAAAUUAAUGGAAAACCACUUCCUGGUGCUACACCGGCAAAACGAUUUAAAUUGAAUUAUGCAACAUAUGGAAAACAGCCUGAUAACAGAUUUUCUUUUGAUGUCUUUAGUCCAGAAUAUUCCCUUUUUGUGGGAGACCUGACUCCUGACGUGGAUGAUGGGAUGUUAUAUGAAUUUUUUGUUAAAGUUUAUCCAUCGUGUAGAGGUGGAAAAGUUGUUUUGGACCAGGCAGGAGUAUCCAAAGGUUAUGGGUUCGUGAAAUUCACAGAUGAACUGGAACAGAAGAGAGCACUGACAGAGUGUCAGGGAGCUGUGGGGUUGGGCUCUAAACCUGUACGCUUGAGUGUGGCUAUACCAAAAGCUAAUCGUGUGAAACCAAUGGAGUACAAUCAGAUGUACAGCUAUAAUUACAACCAGUAUUACCAACAGUAUCACAACUACUACGCUCAGUGGGGGUACGACCAGAACACGGGCAGUUACAGCUACAGCUACCCCCAGUAUGGCUACACGCAGAGCACCAUGCAGACAUAUGAAGAAGUUGGUGAGGAUGCAUUGGAAGAUCCCACACCUCAGUUAGAUGUCCACGAAGCAAACAAGCAGUUUAUGGAACAGAGUGAAGAGCUCUAUGAUGCCUUGAUGGACUGUCAUUGGCAGCCUUUGGACACUGUCUCAUCAGAGAUCCCAGCCGUGUUAUAGCCUCGUUGCUGAGGCAUUGGGCUGUGAGACAUCCUCCCAAUGUGCUCCAGACUGUUAUACUGCCCCCGGAUCCUGCAGCUGUGAGGGGUGGCCCUUUCCCCACCCAGGUCAGGUACUCGGAGUACAGGAGGACUGUGGCCUUUCCUGUAGAGAACAAGUAUUGUAGGAGCAUCACAGUAACCUUUAUUCAUGGCGAAAAAUAGAACUGCGACAGUUUUAUUCCUUUUGUCUUGAAAUGAACUCUUAAUACUUACUGGGAAUUGUAAUUUAUAAACUCAACAAGAUGGCACAGGAGAGAGACUCUACUCCAUCGUACAAUAAAAAAGUUGGUCUUUUAAGUAAAAUUACACUUUGCAUUUUGGUUCCUGCCCAUCUUUCUGCUUUGCUGCCCAUUCAACUGUCUUAAGUCAUUUGACCCAACGCUCAUGAAUGAGUUAUUUCAAAAAAGAUCAUUGUUGGACACCACUAAAAUGUCUCAAAAUCUUUCCAGUGACUGGGUGAGGUUGCUAUAACUUGAGCGUGUGAUGAAAGUUUGCAUUGUGGUUAACUUAAGCUGUGAUCUUGAGCUUGCAAGUUUGAUAUUCUUAAGCAAUCAACCCAAAGAGCACUUUGGAGAAAAAAGACAGAAAGGAGUGUUAUAAAGCUUUUACCUGCUGAUACCUUGCACACCUGGCCUGCUUCUCCACCUGUGUAUGAGGAAAUAAUUCCCCGUGAACCAGCAGUUUAAAAUACUUUUCCCAGCAACCAUAUUUAAAUGUUAUUUUGUGUAUCAUGCCUUUAUUUUUUUUUAUUGUGGACACACGUUGAUGGUCUCAUUGAGAUGUUGAGAUUUUGUAGUGUCUUCCACUGUCCAGUCAGAGCAAAACUAAAUAUCUUGCAGCAAAAACGGGUCAGAGCAAUUGCAUUGAUAUACUGUGCAGCAAAUGGUUGUUAACUUGAAAAACAGUUUUCUACCGGAUGUUGUAUAAGCUGAUUGGACAAGCAAUAUAUUUCAGCUGAUAUGUUGCAUUAGAGGUGAAAGUGAAAAUAAUAGCACUUAUAUACAUGUUAUAAGCCCUUUUUCAGGCUUUUUGUGCCUUAAACUCUUGGAGAAAUAGGAUCAGAGAAACUACCUGUAAUAAAUGUCUGUCCAAGGAAUAGUUUGGUAACUGAAAUUGCUACUGCAGAGCAUUUCGUUGCCUCUCUGCCCAUGUUGAUGCAGAGAUUUGCCACGAAAUUUAAAUACUUUGAUAAAGCUACUUCUACUACACCUUUCUUUGUGUCUAUAAUUAUGACCUAUUUGUCAGUCUAUGGUCUUUUUUAUCAACUGGAAGUUGGAUGUGAAGGGAAUGGUGAUGUGACUGGAGUUCGAGUGAGCUAGAGGACUACUGGACUCCUGCAUUCUCAUCUGCUUUGAAUUUUUCUCAUGCUGUGCCCCUGGCUGUGCUGCUGUCUCACCUUCAGCUGCUCUGAAUGUAAGGAAAGGAAUGUUCCCUGUGUAUGCCAGGAGUUUCAGAAGCAGCAGAAGUGGAAGAGAGCAGAGCUGUAUAUCCUCUAAUGUGGCUGCUCAGCUCAAAACACCCCCUCUUCUCUGGAAGUUCAGCAGAGUGGCAUUGCAGAAAUGAUCAUUGCUGUCUGUGGAGUAUUCCCUAAUGCCUGGAUAAACUACGUCUAUGAAAGUCUGUCUCUAGAGGAGAGAAGAGCAGGUUAUCAGGAAUCAGACAGCAACCUGUGGGAAAAUCCUUUUGCUCUCUGCUUUUAUUUUGUGGUGGAAAGAAAAAUGGGGAGAGAUUGAUGCGAGGCUCCGGGCCUCAUUCCCUGGAAAUAGGAGCCAGGCUUUUUGGGUUGGUUGGAAGAAUCUCAGCCAAGCUCCUGGCCAUUAUUGCUGUGUCUGAAGCACAGGAGAGGCUUUUAAAUGGAGCUACAAAACAGCCACAUCCUGGGAUUUGUAAGGUUUGCCUUUUGGAAUCCCAGUCAGAGUGUGGGAUUUUGUUUCUCCUGGAUGGCUGCAGGAAAAGUCUAGAUUAAUUACCAUUUAGUGUCACACAGGAUGAAAGACAAGGACUCCAUGUAGUAAGGUAAAUGCUGCUUUUAUCUCUAAGUGCUAAAGGCAAGAAGUCCAAGGCAGAUGAUAUCACAGCUCCUGAAAAUUGCAUCCAUAUCGGCAGCAGAGAUCAAGAAGCACUCUGCCCUUAAGCAGGCAAGGUUUAUAGCAAUUCCAAAAACAACUCAAAUAUUCUUACUGUGUUCUUUGAUGAAGAUGUGAUCCUCCAAUUUAGAUUAAAUUGUAGGGACUGAUUCCCGUUUGAGUUACGCAGACUGGGAACGUUCAGCAGAGCUGGAGGGACGUGGGUAUUUUAAGACACAGAGUGGUGAUUUCCAAAGGCUGAGCUCUGAGGCUGUGGGGGGCCCUCUUGCUAUUAGUCUGUGUUUAAUUAAAAGCAUGACAAUACACAUUGGGGUGGCCUGGGGACGAUCCUGACCUGCUUCCAAAGGGAUGAGGAGUCUGGAAGCAUUUCUUUAGCAAAUGAUAAGAGGAGCUGCUAGUGAUUUUUUUUUUUCCAUGUGAGUCUGACUAGAGAAAAUUCCUGUUACUUGGAUCAGUUUCUGGAGACGUGUUCAUAUCCCACACACUGAGAUGCAUACAACACCCUUAGGAAUUUCUCUAAAUUCCUUUUGAGCAACAGAGAUAAAUAUUUGACUCUAAUCUUUCUGUACUGGGUAUCUCAUUACUAGCUUGUUAACCUUCAGCUUUUGCUGAGGAAGAUCUGACAGAAAUUUUUACUGUCCAGCCUUGCUAUCUCCCAGUGAUCUUGUAAAGCUUACUGGAUACACCCAUUUCUGGAUUUAACUUGGGAUUUGCUUAACUAUUAAACUAAUUCAGUGGCAGGCUGGGGUGUGAAUUUGAAAAGCAGCAGCAGAAACUGAUAGAGCUGCUUCAGGAAAUGUCACUGACAGCUCACUUUCUUUUUUUUCCUGGUCAGAGCAGUUUUUCAAAAAUACCUCCUUUUUUUUUUCUUCCUUAGCAGUUAUUCCAAGUCAAAAUGGUUUUUCCAAGUGCAGUCAGUUUUUUAAGAAGGUGUUUGGGGUCCUGCUCAGCACACACUCAUUUUUCCCAGGCACAUGGUGGGAUUUUUGGGGUGUUCUGUGCAGUUCUGAUGCAGAGAUGAUGAUCCAUGUGGGUCUCUUCCAAAUCAGGAUGUUGCAUGAUUCUAUUAUUCAAAGAUCAUGCUGACUCUGCUGUAAAAUUUCCAGGGAAAAAGAAAUGGUGGAUAACACAGUUGAUAGAGUUGAGAGCUGACCAUGGCCAAGACUUGCUUCCACCCCUUGAUGUGUCCCAGGGAGCCAUAGGCACAAUAAUCUACCUGGAUCACUAAUGCACACCUGCUUUUCCUUACUGAUAGUUUUCACAUCUCCGUGCAUUGUCUGCUCCCAUCUGUCAGGCGCUGGGAACUGCAGCUCUUCCAGCAUGUACUCUCUGUCCUGUGCUGUGGAAGAAGCUGGUGAGAGAUUCUCAUGAGGGCUUCUCAUCAGGGCUUCGCUGACCAUGGACAUGCAGUGGGAUUUUUCUCUGCCACUCUUGGAUCUCCAUCCAUCGUGUUAUGGCAGGCUGAGGUCUGCUGGGCAUCCAGUGCUUUUCAUUGCUGCUCUUUGGGGAUUCUCCCAGUUCAGCAUUUGGAAGAGUUUCUUCCCAAGCAGUGUUUGCCAAGGUUUGAAUUUUUGGGAUUUUUUGGAUGAUUUUUCCUACAGUAAUUUCCCAGGAUUUACUCUGCCCUAGGAUUUGACAUGAUUUUUAGGCUCACAUGGUACCAGUGGCUGUGCCAAGGAGACUCCAGGAAUUGCCUCAUGACUUGGCGGACCAGCUGUGAGAUCCAUGGAGGAGGAGAAUGGGAGCAGCUGCUUGUACCUUGUCCCUGACAGCUUUGGCAAGGACUGUCUUGGGGAAGGUUUGGCUACACAAAGUUUGGGGCUCGUUCCCAGACUUGGCCGUAAACGGGUGAGUGUUUAUUUUGUUGCUGAUCUGCCAGCCAUGUUUGGAGGGAAUUACUAACUCAAAAGGCCAUUGCUGAUCACUGGGAAUUUUUUCAACUGUUUGUUUGCUCAGAACAGAUUAAAACAUGACCAUCCUUUUUGCCCUUUCUCCAGGACUUAGGUAGGAAGCACUUGCAGGCUUUUCCAGCUGAUUUCCCACUAUGGUUGUGCCUUCAGCAUCAGCACCAGCAGCUGUUCCAGCACUCCCUUCCCGCCCGUUGACAGGUGCUGCCAUUUUAAAUCCUUUCCAUGAAUUAUGAACCAUGAACCAGGAGCUUUACAGAGGUAUUGUGUUGGCAAACAGACUUCUGUUUCCAAGAACCUUUCCUUCUAUUCCCCGAGGGUGGUGCUCCCCCCACCCCCCCAACCCCGUUCCAAAAGGGAGGAAGGAGAAGGGGAAAUGCAGCUGCUGUUUUCAGCUUUUCAAAGAGCACCCCUGGUGUGGACCUUGCAUGGAGAAGGAGAGAGAAAUUGUACUUGUCCCACCCGGACUGGAGAGUCGUUUAGGUGGGCUGGGAUGUGCAGCUGCUUCCAGUGCUAGUGGGUGUUGUUGUGAAUCGUGGGAUCUGAAAUAGUUUGGGUUGGGAAAGGACUGAAAGCUCAUCUCGUUCCACCCGCUGCCGUGGGCAGGAACACCUAGAGCAGGUUGUUCAGGAGUCUUUUCUAUGCUUUGGGAUGGGGUGGCGCGGGAGACUGGAAGGGGGAAAGGCAGGAACGACGAUUGGGACUGCAGGCAGCACGGCCUACAACUCCCAGGAGCCUCUGCGAGAGAGCCCGGCACCAGCAGCCAAUCGGAGCCAGCACUGCCGCGCUAUAAAAGGUGGCCGCGGACCAGUUUCCGCCUCUUUCAGCCAUGGCGGCGAGUAGGGGUGGCUGCGGCGUGGGCGCCGGGAACCAUCCACCGCCAUCCUUCGUCGCUGGGGUUCUCCCGCCGCUCAGCUCCGCCGCAUCGGCGCCCUGUGGGCAUCGCGUCCGGCGGCGGCGCUUCGGUGCGCUUCGAGGGCUGCGAAGGGCAGCGCGGCCUUGCGCCCGCCCUUCUCAGGCCGGGCCCGGCCCCAGGUGAGUGAGGGACCCCUGAGGCUGAGCUAAUGCUCUGUCUCGGGACAGGCGGCCGCGGGCGGAAGAGCCGCCCGGCCCUGUCGAAGCUGCGUCUGUCGGUGCUGUGGUAGAUGCAGUCAAAAAGGAGCCGAGAGCAAAGGGAUUUUCCUCGACGGUCGCCGCUCAGUUGGAGCCUUCGUAACUGUCCGGCAACAUUUCGGGAAAGUACAUAGCCCACCAUGGGCUAGGGGGGUUACUGGUGCUAGAAGGAGGCGGCUGCCGCAAAUCCCUGCCCCUGGGGUCCAUAUUGACGCACGGCGUGGGAGGACGGGAAGGGAUGUAUCCCGUCUUUCUGUAGUUUUGUUUUAACUUACUUCUCUUGCAAUUUACUGAAGGCUCAAGACUCUUGUUCCCCAGCAGCAUCCUGGUGUAGAAGGUGAUCCUGGGACAUGAGAUGGCUGGUGACAGCCUCAGCUUUGGGCAGAAGUCCUGGGUGUUCCAGAACUCAUCCAUCUGAUGGAUAAACCCAGCAAUAACUGUGGAAAAAGAUGAGAACCUGUGAGCCCUGUCCCAAGGGCUUCACCUUGCUUCCCAUAGGACCUGAGUUGUGGGAAAGCUGCAGUGCAGAACAUGUCUGAGCAGAGGGUGAGCCAUCCCUGAGGGACUUGGUGCUGCAGUGCCUGACUGUUCUUUUCCAGCCCUCUCUUCAGAAGUGGGAGCUCUGCAGAGCCAGAUCCUGGCUCCUUCCUGAGCUAUGAGUUCCACCAAGUGGGAUCAGCCACUUCUGGGCUCCAUUCACCUGCAGUGGAGGGAGAUGGAACUGGCUUGGCUCCAGGUGUUGCUGAAGCUCCAGUUCAGAUGCUCCACGUGGAAGAACAGUCGGUUCCAUGGAGUUUUCUCAGGAGGGGGUUUGGAUAUUAAAUACUUGAUUAGAGCAGGGAUCCAGUUAAUGCCAAGGUGGUGGGUUUGAUCCCUGUGUGGGCUGUUCACUUAAGAGCUGGACUUGGUGAUCCAUGUGGUCCCUUCCUACUUGGACUAUUCUGUUUGCGUGAUAGGAUUUUGAAUAAAUAUGAUUACUUCAAA